AAGCGAGAGCUCGUUUGUUAAGUUCAGACUCAUCUUCUAUAGAACAGUCCGCUCAUGACCUUUAACUUCGCAAAAGAGGCAGUCAUUUAGGGUGGGCUGACGAGUGAUAAUUAUGCAUCUUUCUUUGCCACGAAUAGCGUUUUUCUUCUCCUGCUUUUCGUUCUUGGUUGGUUUUGGAAAAAGUCAGCAGAUUUGCCGCGAUGGAGAACCGCAGCUUCGAAUCUCAAAGGCGGAUGUUGAGGUGCGAAACGGGACCAUUGUUCAUGACAAUCGCGCGUUUAAGCCUGGAGAUUACGAGGUUGUGGGUGAUUUUUACUUCAUUUGUCCCUGCAACGUCCAGAAUUGCGCGAAGAUCUGCUGCAACGAAAAUUACUGUUUGAAAUCCUGCUCCGAUAUAGACUUUGGAGAAUAUUUUCAACCAAACAAGAGUUUCGAAGUUGACGUUCUGACAAAAGUUGGCCAAAAGAAAAAAGUCGAUUUCUACAGCCACUUCCACCCAUUCAUUGACACUCGCGAUUGCGUCAGAUGGGAAAUUAAAAAUGAUUAUGUCAUGCUGGAGAACGGAAGCCUGGGAUAUUCUUUCGUUUCAGAAUUGUACUUGGAGUUCAACUACUCAGAAUUCUGCUUUGCCCAAGACGAGGAGGGGAAAACCAAAAAGUUUUCUACCUUCCCAGCAAAAAUCACAGAAUUUGUUGACACCGAAAUUUUCCGUUCCCUCCUAAUGGUAUAUGUGGUUUCUGCAAUUUUUCUUCUAUUCACCGCACUAGCGAUUGUGGCAUCAGAGGAGAGAAAAUCAAAUUUGGGCAAACUCGCCGUUGGCUUUUCACUAACCACGAUGGUUUCCUAUUUGGUUUUCGCAAUUUAUUAUAAUGUGAAACCAGAUAAUUUCAUCUUCGGCAGCUGGAUUUGCAAUAUUUAUGCAUUUAUAAUUUACGUGUCAAGACUCAGUCCAUACUUUUGGCUCAACUCGAUGUGUUUUGAAAACUUGAAGCUUUCAAAGAGGUGUCUUCGUGAGCCUCAAACCUCAAGAUUCUUUAUCUUUUCAUCACGUUACUCCACCUUGACGCCGGCUUUGAUAUUCAUUAUUUUUCGAGUAGCGUAUCAAGUUUUACAUUUAUUCGGAGAUAAAUUGGAAAAUUCAAUUAACCAAGAGAGGUGCUACUUUCAAGAUAUUGAAGUGGAAAUGAUCGUCAAUAACGGUCCUGCCUCCGUUGUGUCAAUUUUAAGUUUGAUCUUCUUGGUUAUAACUUUGAUUCGAAAUUUAGAAGCUGGGCAAGAUAAGGAGCGCAGCUGGUUCUUCAUUUGCGUGCUGUUAUUUAUCAUCACGGUGAUUCCAAUAAUAGUGAAUUGCAGCGUAUUUUUGCUGAAGAAUGACAGCUCCUUUGUGAGCCUCGCUUUAUAUCAUUUGAAUUCAUUUUCUGGGAUCCUCGUUUUUCUAGUUGUUGUAACAUUAAAUGCAAAUGUUAGGAAAAGCCUCUUUUGUUGCAGAAAAGAUGUUCAACAUUACAAUGAAGUAGAGCUUCAUUAGAAAAAUAUUGUAUAAUUAUAACGAUGAAUGUUUCAAAUUGUAUUUUAAAUACAAGAUGGUUCUUUUUUAGUAUUUCUGUUGUGUAUAUUCUGUAUUUAUUGUAUAUACAAUAUAUAAGGAUGGAAAUGAAAAGUCACUUUUUAAUUGUUCAAAAUUUUCAGUGCAAAAAA